UUAUUAUAGAAAAUUUGAUGACUUGCAUUUUAGAAUUAUAUAUGUCAUCGUUUACAAACGUUUCAUAUAUCAUUCACGAGUGAUAUUUUGACUUACAUUGAAUCGAAAAAUAAAUUGAGGACAAUACUAUUUUACAUAUUCGUUCAUUAGAGCACUCGGUAUUUAAAGUUUGACACUUCGGAUAUGCCUAUAGGCUUUUUCUGGAGUUUAGGGGCUCCCCUGCAAAUAUCGUGUCCUGUUCAUGUACUUUAAAUGCUGAGAAACAAAGAAACAUGUCACAGUAACUUAGAUCUGUUUCAGAGUUGUAGAAUGCAAUAUCCUCCAUUCAAAUUUUGCAUUAUCAUCUUCUUAUUAUGCAAAGCACUCAUUAACAUGGUAAAACUAGAGCCCUACAGUGCGUAUAUGAAGUAGGGCCCACGUGUUUUUAUGAAAUGUGAAAUUUUUUCUGCACAAUGUACAUGAUGGACAUGUCAACUAUAUCUUUGAACAGGCUGUAGAAUAUUGGUCAUUCUAGAAUAUUAGUUUUAUGUUUUAUUUAUUGAUCCUCCAAAUACGUAAUGAUUUCUAACUUAUCUAAUUUAGUGUAAAAGAGAAACCCUAAUUAUCAGAGGAAUUAUAAAGCAUGUGGGCAGCACUAUGAACGAUGCAAUAUCUGAGUUGAGGAAACGCGGGAAGAAGAAAAGUAAAAUAGAACAGCUUCUCUUAGUGGACCAUAGCAACAUUUAUUUCGAAAAUGAGCGCCUUGCCGAACGUCUCGCCAAAUUACUGGAUGAACUCCAUAAGGACAAGCAUCGACAGGAAAUGCUUAGAAACAUUGAGAUCCAGGAACUCAAGCGAGAAAUCGACAGCCUGCAGGCUAUGAAAGAAGCUUCAUCCGCACAGACCAAAAAGUUCUUGCAAUCUCUUGAAAACUACUACACAGGGUUAAGUGCAAUACCAAAGCCUGAGAAAAAAGUUCGACCUCAUACGACCGGAAGUUAUUUCAAGAAAUCACGUGCUAAAUCGGAAGAGAGGGAAGCGGCGGAAAAAACAAAAAUUCGCGCGAGAGCGCACAGUGCGAAUAAGCACGAGGAUUCGGGAAGUGAAAACGAAUUCGAGAGGGCAACGAAGCGUGAAAGGAAGGAGAAGCGUGCAGCAAAAGACAAUAACAAAAAUAACGACGUACCACAAGGCGAGAAGAAGCCCAAGAAGCUAAAGUACCCAGAAGACUGGUAUACGACUGUGCUUCCUGCCUCAGACAAUUGUUUAAAGAAAGUGCGCCAGCAAUAUCGGAGAGAACAGACUGCCCCAACCUUUUCUGUAUCAAAAAACUCAAAGAAAAAAUCAGAAAAGUCAAAAGAGAGUACUAGCGCGAAACCGCAUCCGAGUACCGCCAUAGGACAACGCGGACAAAGUCGUGAGAAGACCGCAGACAUGAAACAGAGGGCCCAAUCGAACGCUCCCCAGGGCGGCGACCGGAAAUCCUCCACUGCAACGGCUGGAGGUAAGUCCGACAUUGAGGAACAAAUGGAGUCGAAAUCGCGUAUCAAACUCAUGUGUCAGCAAAAAGCGAAACCGGUGUUGAUGUCCUUGAGACAGAUGAGAGAGUUGACAGGAAUGGAUGGAAAUAAUGAUGGUAUGCCCAAUAAACGGCAGGAGAAGUUGGACCAUCAGAUACAAGAGACCAAGGUUAAAUUUGUGUCUCUGACUCAAAGAGUCAAGACGUUCGUUAAAGAACUCGAUGCCAAAAUUGCUCAAGAUCUAGAAGACACUAAACCAAAGGAGCUUGAAUCUCACCAUAAUGAUAUGUACGCUGGUAUCUUACCUCCCGAUCAAAUUGAAGUACCGAGUUAGAAGAUGCUAUACCUAUUUAUAGUGUCUAUGAAGGGAUUAUUAACUCUGAGCAUAUUUUUUUUCACCUAAGAAAUUUAUUAACAGCAUAACAAAGAAAAAAAAAAUGAUAUGAUCGACCAAUUGCAUUAGAUAAUGAAUUUUACAACAUUUAGAACCAUUUUAACAAGAGCUUGGACUUUUAGUAGUUGUGUUAAACAGCAAUGUGACAUAAGCCUGUCUAUCUUAAUGUCAGUCACAAAGCCAUUGCUCUUUGAAAUCAACAAGAUGUGUUUGGCUUUUGAGCUUAGACUACGCAAUCGGUGCAUAUUUCGCUUGAAACCCCGUCAUUUUUAACUUGUUUUCACACAAGAAAUAGAUGGCUACGUCCUACUGAAAGUCCAAAGUCUUGUUAAAAUGGUUCUAAAGAAUGGCUUUUUUGCUAGCAUAAUCAUGUCAAGAAAUGUUAUCCACAUCAAUAAUUUAAAUACACGCGAUUACAUGUACUUAUAUUUUUGUCUUACUUCAAUUACAGUUAUAUUUUGUAUAACAUUUAAGAUUUGUGUUUCAUUUAUGUCUUUCAAAACUUAAAUAUUUGUCGUUUUGACUCAUGGAGAUAUUUUUGCAUGUAACCAUUAUGUUCUUUUGUCUUUGUUGUUGGCUGAUGAUUGUUGCAACGUUGGGUCGAAGGUGAUGGAUUUGUAUCUUGUGUUCAAUAAAUAUUAUACAAUAUCUGCC